CGGGCUUAUCCCUGUGUGAUCAUAUGGAUCGGUAUUCUCGUACGCAGUGUGCGCUCUCUGUAGCCGGAAUCUAAAAUUACGGACGAGCCUCUGUACAUUUUCAGACUACGGGUUUCGUACCGAAGAGUCGUCUAGCCGCACUCGUUGGGGAGCGUCUCGAAAUGAGCCGUCCUUAGAGACGCUGAUAUGGAGGGAGUUCUGUAUAAAUGGACCAAUUAUAUAAGUGGUUGGCAGCCUCGCUGGUUUGUGUUAGCUGGAGGCACACUUUCAUAUUAUGAUUCCCAAGAAGAUGCUUGGAAAGGAUGCAAGGGCAGCAUCAAGAUUUCUGUGUGCGAAAUACAAGUGCACCCGACAGAUUUCACAAGAGUUGAUUUGACCAUACCAGGAGAGCAGUACUUCUACCUCAGGGCAAUCAAUGCAGCAGAGAGACAGAAAUGGCUGGUAGCUUUAGGAACUGCAAAAGCCUGCCUGACAGACAACCGGACCAAGAGAGAGAAAGAGCUCCAGGAGAACACAGAGACACUAAAAACAAAGAUGUGUGAGCUGAGACUAUACUGUGACCUUCUUCUCGAGCAAGUGAACAAACUCAAGGAGGAUCCUCUGGGUGAGGGGGCAGCUGGCUCUGCAGAGACAGGGGAUGACACAGGUACUCUGGUAAAGUCUACAUGCACCACUUUUCUGAAGACGCUGGAGGAGUGCAUGCAGAUUGCCAGCCGAACCUUCAGUCCGGACCUGCUGAGCCACAGUCCACCAGGGUCACCACCUGUCGCUGCUGUCAAACCUCAGAAGAUCAAACCUCUUAAUCAAACAAGUCACAAUUCAGAGGAAAAACAGAGGGGUUUGGUAAACAACUCAUCUAGAGCAUCAGCACAAGAGUGUGUGGAGAGUAGACCAGAGCAGGAACCCCCUUCACCUCCACCAGAGAACACAUCAACAGGGAACAGCCUCAUGGAGCAGGAGAAUAAGGACAUAGCAGAGGUCCAGGAUGCUCCUCACUCUAGCACACAGGGUCCUGCUGAGGAUGAACGUCCCAGAGAGGAGGCAGGAGAGGAUGCACGUUCGGAUGAAGUAGAUCAUGCCCAAGAGGAAGUCCUGCCUAGCUCCAGACAGAGCAAAGAGCAACAGGCCAGUGAUCAAAACAAAGCUGUCCCAGAAGCAAAUGAGCUCGAGUCACAGGGUAAACAGGAAGAAGAUCAGGUGGAAACAUUCUUCAGUAGUAUGAGCCACAGAUUUAGUGAUAUAAGACUGGAGGACGGCAAAGGUAUCCCCACACUGGCCUUUUUGGACUCUUGCUAUGCUAUAGUGCCAGUAUUAGACAAGCUGGGACCAACUGUCUUCGCUCCAGUUAAAAUAGAUUUUGUGGGCAACAUUAAGAAAGUCCAGCAGAAGUUGCUGUCGGACCCUGACGCUUUUCCCACCCUGCAGAGUAUCGUACUGCAUGAAGUGGAGAUGGAGGUGGCACAGGUGCGGAACUCAGCCACUGAAGCAUUGCUGUGGCUCAAACGAGGACUGAAAUUCCUCAAAGAGUUUCUCUCUGAGGUGAAUGCAGGAGAGCAGGACAUCCACGCAGCUCUGAACAAUGCCUAUGGAAAGACACUACGCCAGUAUCAUGGAUGGGUUGUCCGGGGAGUUUUUGCUCUGGCUCUGAGGGCCGCUCCCUCCUACAGUGGCUUCAUGGCAGCGUUGGUGUCUCAUGAGGGUGAUGAGCUGAAGGAGGGUUUUACCACAGGCAUGCAACGGGACCUAGCCAUCUAUCUGCCUGCCAUGGAGAAACAGCUGGCCAUCCUGGACGCUCUGUAUGAGGAGUACAGCCUGGAGUCUGACGAGGUGGUUUGAGCCACUCACCAACACAUGCAUACAGACAAAAACAAGACAGAGCUCAUGGCAGUCUUGGCUAGGCGUUGUCUUGGUUGCAGUGAUCAGUCUCUGGUGUUUGAGAGCCUGAUUCGGUGAUACUUACGCUGCUGAAAGAAGGGGCUUGGUCCAUAUGGAUGAAGCAAGCACUGCAAGAAUACUGGGCUUCUACAAAUAGCAAUAUUGCCCUGGUCCCAUACGCUUGAAGGUGCACUCACCUAAACUCUUAAAGGUGGCAGAGGGCCAAGAUUUGUACGUCUCAUAGACUGUGAUGAUUUUUCAGGGAACAGCGAUUUUUCAGUAACCUCCAUGGUGGUGGUUGAGUGCUCUGAAGUUUGGUCACUGGGUUCUUUUUGAUAUACCUAUGACCAUCAGAGGAUGCUAUGAAAUGCCAUUUUUAAAAUGUUACAGCAGUUUUUUUUUAUGCAAAAACAUGCACAUCUGUGGUGAGUAUACAGAGCAGUCAGUAAGUAUACAAGCCACAAUAUUUGUAUUUGUGCUUUGCAUGCAGUAUUUAUUAAUACCCUUAUCAUUUUGCUCUCACAAGAUCAUAUUUUUCUUUGACCACCACUACAUACCAUAUUCCAUAGACAAGCACAAAUGAAAAAUAUUUGACUGGGAUUCAAACAAAGAUCCAGCAUUAAUCUUAAGCAGCAGUUCAACAUGCAUGACCUAAAGGAUUGCUCGAUAGAUUCUAGACUAAAGGCUGCAAACAUUGGACAAAAUAAAAACAUUAUAUUCCCAAAGUACACAGGAAAUCUUUAGAUCGGCCGUAAGGACCAAAGAAAAAACAAUGGAAAAAAUACAAACUGUCUAAACCUUUUUGAAGUUAUCUUAAUCAUACUUUUCCUUUAGCACAUUUUAUUCUGUUUUUUUUUCUUAAUAACUUUUAUUUAUUAAAUUAUUUACGUAAAUAAGAAUUAAGAGUAGAUUUUAUUCUAAGAAUUAUACCAUGUUUACUCAUUAAUGUAGCCUAAUGAACAAUUCUGUGCAUGUUGUAUUGCAUGGGUUCGGUUCAUUUUUGUGUCAACUAAAGAAGAGCCCAAAUUUAAAUAACUUACUGAUUUAUUAAUGUAGCCUUCUGCCCGAUGACUGCUGGGAUAGGCUCCAGCUCCCCCUGCAACCCAGAAGGAUAAGGGGUUAGAAAAUGUGUGUGUGUGUGUGUGUGUGAUUAUUAAUGUAUUGGCUAAUUAGCCUUAUAGUUUACAUAAAUGCCUGCCUGCCUUGGCUGUGCAGUGCUGAGUUAGAAAUCAGAGCUCUGCCUGUUUCAGGUGGGAUGAACAAACAACUCCAUGCUUAUUGCUUAAGAAAUUCAAAAUUUCUCCAAAAUGGAUUUGUACUCAAUAAUUGUACAAUAUGUACUUCAGCAAAUUACAUUCCAUUUAUAUGUAUGCUUAGACUCAGUGGCCACUUUGUUAGGUGCAUCUACUUUAUAGCUGUAUCUUAUAGGCAACUAUACUUUUCCUAUUUUGAGUUGGAAUCCACACAUUUUGGUACCACUGUUGUGCUCUGAAGUUGGCUCACUGGUGGUUGACUUUGUGUGUUUUUCCAUGAAUUACCUGUUCUGACAACAGGGAAUCUUCUCUGUAGGUACAUUUAAAAAGGUAUAUAUAGAUAUUUUUAUAAAUACAAGUAUAAAGCUACAGCAUGUGAUGCAAUGCAUUUGAAUUUAGUCUGUAUUAUACUUAAUCAAAAGACUUUUUACGGUAGCAGGAAAUUAAAUUGGUCCCUCUGAAAUAAAUAAAGCUGUGCUCUCCCCUUACAUUGCUCAUAUUCUCUAUCCUUGGUCACUGGUCUACAUUUUUAGCAAGCACAGGGCACCACUGACUAAUUUGUCUUUCACAGAAAGGGAGGUAUAUCUAUUAAGGUGCCAUUCAGUUGAUACUUUAGCUAUAUUUGCUUGCAUAUAUGUUUGCAAAAAUAGUAUUUACAAAUGCAUUUUGAAGUUUAUAUUUAAAUCAGGCCAUUCAUGAAAGAGUAAAAGUAAACUUUUGAGUACAUAAUUUGUACCAAAAUUGUGUGGAUUAGAAGUUUAGAAUUUUCUCUUAAAAAGUACAGAAGCCUAUAUAUUUGGUGGAGAAAUGAAACUGUCGGUGUAGUCUACAUGACAUGUUGGUUGCUUUAUGUUUUGUGAAAUAGAUCAAAGUACAUUCCAGUAGAAACGCACCAUGACUGUGAACAAAGAUUAAUGACUAUGAAUGGACAUAGCCUUCAAUCCUAAGAUGUUAGCGUUUAUAAACAUCUCUACAAUAUCAUGGCCACUUGAAUUAUUUCCAUGCAUAUUGAAAGGACAGAAUGGAGGACUUGUCAAGUCAGCAUUAAACAAGCACAUUUCUUUCAAGCAUGUUGUUUUCUUUCAGUGCCAGUGUAAUGUCACAUCAGGACUUCUCUAUUCAUGACAUGCCAUAGAUCCCAGAUACUGUUGCAUUUUCAAUGGUCUUAAAGUGCACUUUUGGAAUGCUUAGUAAAGUCGAGAAAAAAAGCAGGUUGAUGUUACAUCGAAAUUAUCAGAGAAAUGUAAUCCAUCAAUGAGAUAAACGGAUUCAAAAGAAAAAUUACAAGUUCUGGCGUUUAGUAGUUUGUGCACCCUUCCUUUGUUAGGGUAGCAGCACUAGGUCUUCUCUUGUGAUGCUGGCUGAGGUAGGACUGAACACAUGCAAAAUAACCUGAGGUUAUUCUUUCAUGCAAGAUCUCUACAAAUGCUUUAAAAGCAUUGGUCCUCACUUGUGGAUUCUUUGCUUCAGCUCCACCCACAGGUUUUCACUGGGGUUUAGGUCGGAAGACUGUGAUGAUAUGAUGGUACUCUGUGAUUGUAUCUGAAAAGAAAAUCUUAUCCACAGCAACACAUUCACCACCAUACUUCACAGUGCAGAAACGGCUCUUUUCUGCAUUUCCUUCAAUCUUUUUAUGCCAGACUCACCUCUGUGUUGUUGCUAAAACUUAGAGCCUAAUUCAAUUUCUUUUAGCAUGCCUUCCAAAUAAUUUAAUUUAACUAAGGUCACAUUUGUUUGGUGCAUUUGAUCAUUGGAGAAAUCCUUAAUCCUUGCUUUUCAACCAUCUUCCUCAUUGUACAAGGGAGCAAAAUACACAUUCAUCCUCUUCUAUUCAGAGUUGUCUCAGCUCCUGUUACGUCCUAAUUAAUAAUAGUGGAGAUGGGUCUUUCCAGGUGUGAAACUAUGUUUUUUUUUUUUAAACCCAGUCUGAUUUAUGAAGAUCAACAAACAUGGUCUCAUUUAAUUUGUGUAUUAUCUGCUCUUCCUCAUGUUGAUAGAUAGUUAAUGGCAUUUGGGUUGUGUGUUGCUUCAUAUUUAUAUAUGAAUGAAACCAGAGGUAUAAAUCCAGGCAAUCAUGGAUGACCAGUUCAAGUGUGUUUAAAAAAGAUGAAAUGGUAGCAUGUGUCACUUAGAUUCUGUUCAGAAGAAUGUUUGUUAGUUAUACUGAUAUUUUUGUAUGAAUGUUUUUUUUUUUUUCUGUUAGUAAGUUACCUAACUGAAGACUCCUCUAAUAUUGUCAGUGUAAGAUCAAGCAGAUAAACAACAAAGACAAAUAUUCAUGGUCUUUUUGCCCCGUCAUCAUUAUCAGAGAUGCCAGUAGUUCUCGAGGGUGCUGUUACCCAGUGUUAAAACACUAUGUUUAUAUAUUACAAACUUUCCUAUUCAUACUGCACACCCAGAAAUGCAUUUUUCCAUAAGAAUGUAUUAAAAGUUUAAAACACACCUGUUAGUGUAUUCUCAUUUUUUUUUUCUAAUUAGUGGCAAAAUGAAAGGC